AUUUACGUGGUGGCACAGACUCCCCCACUGCCUUGGAUAUAAAUCCAGGCAGGAUGGAGCAGAUCUUGAGGCAAAGAAUCUAGGACUUCUGGUUGCUGAGCUUUCAGCCAAAGACAUCUUCUCCAGAAGGGUGAAUCCAGAUUUUAGAAGCAUUGGCGGCAGAGACUGACCAUGGAGAGGCUGUUGUGGUGUUUCCUGGUCUUGAUCAGCUUCUCUAGUGUUUCAGGCCAGACAGACUUGCAUAAGAAGGCCUUCGUGUUUCCCAAAGAGACGGAGAAUUCCUACGUAUCCCUGAAAACACAGUUAAGGACACCACUCAAAGCCUUCACCGUGUGUCUCUAUUUCUACACAGAGCUGGCCCGAACCCGCAGCUACAGUAUUUUCUCUUAUGCCACCAAGCAGCAACCUAACGAGAUCCUCAUAUUUUGGUCUAAGGGUAGAGGCUAUAUUUUUGGAGUGCGUGGGAAGGAGGUGUUUUUCCAGAGUCCCGAAAACACUCAAGCUCCAACACACAUCUGUGCCAGUUGGGAGUCCACCUCUGGAAUUGCAGAGCUCUGGGUGAAUGGGAAACCCCGGGUGAGGAAGAGUCUGGAGAAGGGAGCCAUUCUGGGGACAGACGCCAGCAUCAUCCUGGGGCAGGAGCAGGAUGCGUUCGCUGGGGGCUUUGAUAGAAACCAGUGUUUGGUGGGAGACAUUGGAGAUGUGAACAUGUGGGACUUUGUGCUGUCGCCGGAAGAGAUUAAUGCUGUCUAUCUUGGUGGAACCCUCAGUCCUAAUGUCCUUAACUGGCAGGCACUGAACUAUGAAGCAAAGGGUGAGGUGUUCAUUAAGCCUCAGCUGUGGUAGUGAGGUUGGGCUGUGGUCCUGGAAGUGCUUCCUGGCAAUUCCACCUUAUGGCUCUGGACCUCCCCCACCCCUGUACACACCUCUGCAGGCCUGCUCUGUGAACAUAGGCUUUUGCUUCCCUGCUCUACCUUCCUCAACACCAGAUGGAAUUUUUAAGUAUCUGGCUUGGGAGAUUGGAAAGCUUUGUCCAAUGGGAUGUCCUGUUUUUUUUUUUUUUUUUUAAAGUUGAUUAUCUUAGAGUUAAUCCCUUACCCUCACUUAGAUGAGAAGAUUAGGACCCAGCAAGGAGAAGUGAUUUUUUUUUUUUUUUUAAGUCAAAAGGUGAAUCUUUGAGCUGAGUAGGGAGUGCUGGUCUCGUAUCUAAUUUCCGACUAAGAACCCCCCAGAAAAUAGGAGAGUCUUCCUCAUAUUCACAGGGCUCUUUAGUGUCGGAGUUAUGACACUGGCCCAGGUCUUCUAAAAUGGGAAACUAGUGUUUCAGUUCCCCCACUUUCUCAAAGUACCCUGGAAGGGCAAUCAGAAAGGCCCAAUACAGAAAACCUAUAUUUUUUCAUGGGCAAAGUGGAGGCAUCUGGUUAGUUACUUUAAUUGUUACUGCCAAGCGUUUACAUAGCCAUGUUUUUGUUUGCUCACAGUGAGUUCUUCAUUUUGUGGUUCUUUUGAGAAACUCAUCUCAAACACCAUCUGAACCCAUGGGACUGUGGAUCCCCACCUGUUUCCCCAACAUAGCCAGGCCACAGAGUGGGUGUGACUCAGGCUGAACUAUCAGAGUAGCCCGAACUUGUUUGGAGAUUUAGGAUGGGGAGAUGGUUACGUGCUCCUAGCUUGCCAAAUUAUAGUCUUUCCCAGGACUGAUUUAUGAACUCUGGGAGUGAGACAUCUUUCUGCUGAAAUUCCCAUCUGAGAGGGUAUUAGCCUGAGACGGUCAGCAGCCAUCUUGCUUACCACAUGGAGAAAGACUGUGAGGAAAGAAGCCAAGCUGGGGCCAGCAGAACUGAGGGACUGACAGAGCAGUGGAGCCUUGACUGCACUGUUUGAAUUUCUGGAUCUGCUUUGCCUGGAACCAGAUCUACACCUGACCUUCCCACGUUCAUGAACCAAUAAAGCCCCUGUUUAUAUUAGUGAACCCGAGCUGUUAUCUGAUGGUUGCAUUUCAAGUGGUGACUAACUUUUCUAACAAUCCUCUGAAACCCAAGUCCCAGUGAGUUCAGACGAACCAUUACCCAUCUUGCAGUGACAUAGCUAAUGGCUCUCUAACCUCCUAUAGGGAUUUUUUUUCUGUCGAACGCAACCCCUCUUUUGUGAUAGCUGGUAAUUUGUGUGAGGCCAGUCGUGGGGAUGUAAAACUCUCACUCUAGAGAGUAAGAGGUAUAAACUAUUUUGUAUAAAAUAAGCUACAAGAAUGUAUUGUACAACAUGAAUAUAGCUGAUAUUUUAUAGUAGCUAUAAAUGGAGUAUAACCUUUAAACAUUUUAAGUCAUUAUAUUGUACGCCUGUAGCAUAUAAUAGAGUACUGCAACUAUACUUCAAUUAAAAAAAAACUCACUGUGUUAUUACUCCAAUAUGAGGAACAAAAACUAAAGCUCAUUGAGAUCCAAGAA